AUUCAGGACAUGAAGAAUAAUUGUAACCUUAAUGAACUUUAGAUAUUUCGAUAACGUUACACGCUCAGGCCCUAACGAGAUUCUAUAAGGAUACGUUCAAAAUGUUCAGCACAAUAGAUACAACGGUGCUAGAUUCGCCCCAAAUAUCAAAUUACUUUGAUCUUUUAAAUAUAUCAUUAUUGACAUCUAAUAAACCCACAGACCGUUUAAAUGAAACUAAACGUCAAGAAUUAAUCUUACUAGACACGGUGAGGUUUGUGGUUCAAAAAAUAUGCUUACCUAUAAUAUUAGCCAUAGGAAUUCCAGGGAAUUUAUGUACUCUCGUAAUAUUAUCGCGUAACCAUAUGAAAUCAUCUACAAACUUUUAUUUGGCCUCUCUAGCAUUUUCAGAUAUGUUUUAUUUAUUGUUUCAUUUCCUUCUCAGCUUUCAACAUUAUGAUAAAAUAAGGGGUAAUUAUUGGUAUAUAAAGUAUUUGAUUGGUGGCUACCCACUCACCGAUAUCUUUAGUAAUGCAUCGGUAUGGAUAGUUGUUUCCUUUACUACAGAACGAUUUAUAGUCAUAGGUAACCCUAUCAAGGGUAAAAUUUUCUGCACGCUUAAGAGAGCUAAAUACGUAGUUCUGGUAGUUUUUCUGAUAUCAAUCGUUGGAACUAUUCCCACAUUUUUUGAAAGAAAAGUAGAUAGUGUCUAUGAAAAUGAGGAUUCAAUGCAAUCAUCAAUCAUUAAUACAACUUCUUUUCCAAGUCAAAAUGAUCUUGUUUAUAUGACAGUCACUAAAAAUACUUUAAAACUUUUACAUACCAUACAUGAAAGUAUCUUCAAAGGAGCGACCGAUACAACUCGCAUCAAAAAAUAUUAUCUAUACGAGACUUCUCUUUAUUUAAACGAAAAUUAUCAGAGGGGGUAUUUUUGGUUUACCAGUGUAUUUUUUUCUUUCUUUCCUCUUACCCUUAUUCUUAUAUUUAAUUCUUUAUUAAUUAUUUGGAUUCGCAAAUCGUCCGUUAUCCAUAGAGAGAUGAAUAAGACUUGGGAUCGCAAUAGUAGGGAUUCUCCCAGGAAAAGAAAUAUCGCACAAUACCAAGAGACACGAAUAACUUAUAUGCUCAUUGUAGUAGUUAUAAUCUUCACAUUUUGUCAAUUACCCUCGGCUAUACUUUUGUUAGCUUUCCUUCUUAAACCCGACAAACAAGAAUUAGUUAGAUGGAGACUGUGCAAUAAUUUUGCUAAUUUACUUAUGGCAAUUCAUGCUUGUCUGAAUUUCGUUUUAUAUUGCUUACUGAGUAAAAAAUUUAGGGCGACGUUCUCCAGAAUUUUUUUACCUUGCUUUAAGCUAUAUCAACAAGAUGCUUGGAUAGCCCUUUUUUCAACGGGUACGCGUAUAAUUGAUAGUAAAUUCUCCAGCAGAAAAGCAAAUUCCAAAAUAAAGGGUCGUAUUUACGAUUUAAGUUCAAGAAAUAGCAUCUCCACAGCUUACUUCAUAUCCGAAUGCGAAGAUUCCAAUGAACAAUCGGUCCAAUUAAAAGAUUUUAAGAGUAAUGAAUAUAUCGAUAAACUUAUCCCUUGUCAAAGAUAUUUAGUAUACGGGAAUAAAGGUCUGAAUUGACAGUUCAAGAUAAAUUCCUUAUGGGACAAGAAAUGGAAACACCAUAGACGCAAAUGCAUACUAGCCAAAAACGGAACUAACAUGAGUAAUACCAAUAAAUACAUUUAAAAGUGAUCAAUAGAAAAUACAUAAAAAAUAUAUUGGACUUUCUGAUGUAUAUAUAUAUAUUCACACAUCAUAUAUUCUUUCCAAAUA